CGGAUGUGUGACUGCGACCUACCACCCCACUAUCGAUACUACUACCACUUUUUUGCUCAUCACCCCUCCUUCGUCUAAGUAGACUUCCCCUCCCCUCCUCUUAAUUAUCUACCUUCGACCUCUACCUUCUUCAAUGGAACGACCUGUUUGCCAUUACUGCCGACGGCCUGGUCACUUUGUUCGUGAUUGCCGUACGCGAAUGAGAGAUAUGGAGCAACAAGCAAGGCAAGCCAAUGGGAAUCAAGCUUCUACUUCUGGUUUUGCUCCGGUUUUGCCCACUCCAGGAGCUAUGGUGCCUUACCAAGCACCGUUGAAUGACGUCCGUAAUGACCCAGCCACGGGUAGCGGAAACGGUGGUUAUUAUGGCGGUUACAGUGGUGGUUACAAUAACUAUAGGCGGCCCUGGUACUCUGAGCCAAGGGACAAGAAUGAGAAGGUAGAAAAGAUGUGGAGCUGGAUGUCUGAAGAGAUGGAGGAAAGACAGCGACUCAGAAGGGAGAGGGAAGCGGUUAUCAAAAAGGAGCUGGAAGAGAAGAAGAAGAAAGAAGAUGAGGAGAAGCGACUCGCCGAGAUUAAAGACAAAGAGGACUUUAAGACCAGUAUAGGCAAGAUGGUUGAAAGUCAGAUGAGGACUGUAUGCCAAGAAGUUCUAGGUAAGAAAGUGGGAGAAGGGGAGCGAUUAGUACUUGCGACGACUGCAGAGAUCCAUCGGCGGACGGAUGCGAAUCAUGACAGUCAGGAAAUCCAGAAGAAGGAUGAGGAGAUCAUCAGAUUAAAACAGACAAUGGCGGAGAUGCAAAGACAGGCUUGUCGUCCUAAUCAAUCCGAGCAAGAGCUUAAUUCAUUAAAGGUGGAUAAUCAGCACCUGAUACAGGAUGUUAUCAGCCUUAAGGAGCAAGUUGGCGAACUCGUAAAAGUCGUGAAACCGAUACUCGGAGUGGCGGCGACUGGUGGAUCGGUGCCUACGACAGUUCAUGGAAUCGUCAGGACAGAGUCUACGCCUGGGGACUAUGUGAAGCUUGCCGAUGCUUACAGGAAACUCAGGGAUGACAAAGGUAUGGCCGAGCGAGAAGUACAGGCACUCAAGGACAGGAUCACCAGGAUUGGAUCUGCCACGUGCACUCCAACCAGUAUCAAGAGGAAGAGAGUGCUGCGAAAAAGUGUAUCUCCACCUGCCAGCUUGCGUAUACAUUUGAACAAGGCAGCAAGUCCAGCCAAGAAAGCUCAGGCUAGUGAUAAGUCACAAGCCAAUCUACAGUUUGUCAAAUUGAAGAAUGAAGUGUGUGAGGAAGCGAGUGUACAUCGAACUGUCCAAACUGAAGAAGAAGGAGAUCGAGAAACUUUGGGGAGAAGAGAAGGUAGUCUAUGUGACAAUCAAGGCAUCUGCAACCGAUAUUGCGGAUAUUUACACGGAUCGGGCUUUCGGGACACGGAACAAUCCUCCUGUUAACGACAAUAUCGAGGCAUCUCUGGAUUAUGAAGAUGUGGCCGGCUGCAGUGACCACAAUG